GUGAAUGAAACCAUGGCUGCGAGUGCGUUUACGUUGGCCAUCUUCAAGCCGCACCUGCUGAAGAAUCCCGUGGCCUACUGCGCGACGGAGCAGCUGAUCGCAGCCAGCGGCAUCCGGAUCGUGUCGCGCAGGAAGCUCAGCCUGACGGAGCGGCAAGCCAAACAGUUUUACCGCGACCACGAGGGCAAGUUCUUCUACGGGAGGUUGAUUAGUCUGAUGACAAGCGGACCGCUCGAAGUGCUAGUUCUGUCCGGGGAGAACGUGAUCAGCCGGUGGCGAGCGCUGAUGGGACCGACCAAGGUGUUCAAGGCGGUCUACACGAACCCGGACUGCGUCCGAAGUUUGUACGGGUUGUCGGACACGCGGAACGCCAGCCACGGUUCAGAUUCCCUGGCAUCGUUCCUCACCGAGGCAGCGAUAUUCUUCCCGGAUCAGCAAUUUCCAGAAGCCGCCGCGACCGAUAAUUGCCAACCGGUUACGUCGGGUCGAGGAACUUAGAAUCGCAACAUUAUUUCGGAUCAUUUGCAUUUUGUAAUACAGGGUAGCGAAAUUAUGUGUUUGAUGUUUGUUUUUUGGUUGUUUAAAAAAGUUUGUUUAUUGAAUUUAAGUUGCUUUCGCUACCCUGGCCCUUAGUGUUAAUUUAGUCUCAGAGUAAUAAACGCCUAGAUUGUCACAUUUUGCCCUGAUGGCGCGCA